AUGCUUUCAAAACUUUUUAUUAUUUUCUGUAUCUCUGCUGUUGCCUUGGCUAAGGGAGGAACUGGUGGUAACGGUGGAGGCCAUGGAGGACAAGGAGGUGGUCCAGGAGGUCGUGGAGGACCUGGAGGGCACCAAGGUCCACCACCACCCCCAUUCCUUCAAAAUGUGACGGAAGAUGCCCGCAAAGCAUUCUUCGACAUCAUCAGCAACGAAAACCUCACCCAAACUGAAGUUGAAUCUCAAACAUCAGCCUGGGCAAGCACCUAUAGAGUUUCGGACGUUUACAACGAAUUCGUUCAAAACAAAACUACAUUUGAAAAUGAGCUCAAGACCAAUAUCUCGACAGUCAUCGGAAACUUGGCUAACGUGAACACCCAACUCAAUGCCAUCUUCAAUAACAAGGACCAAACUCGUGCUCAAGUUAAGGCCGCUAUCGAUGCUAUCAGAGAGAACUAUCCAAUUGAAGUUGACACUAUCAUGGAGUUGUCUCAUCCACACGGUGUACCAGGAGGUCCAGGAGGUCCAGGAGGGCCAGGAGGACCAGGAGGCCCAGGUGGACGCGGUGGACAGGGAGGAUCAGGUGGACGCGGACCAUUCGGAGGUGACAAUGCUAACAAUACCACCGGAACUACCAAGACUGCUAAGAAGAACAAGAUGAGCUCUUCCUAA